AUGCCUUUAGAACUUAGUGCUUGCUGUUUAAAAAGAAUUGAUCAUGAGGGGACCCCGGUAGGUAGCCAUGAAAAGCUCUUUGGUUUAGAUACUUACAAAGUCGGUGAUAGCCAGAGCGAGAACUGUAUUGUAAUUUUCACCGAUAUAUUUGGAAAUAGAUACAAAAACACAUUGCUUGUAGCUGAUAUGUUAGCUAAAUUAGGGAAUUUUCAAAUAUUCAUUCCAGACUUAUUUAAUGGGGAUGCGGUAACUACCUUCGAGAAUUUUGAUCGUUCAAAAUGGCUAGCAGAGCACUCCGCUAAAAAAUAUAUGCCUAAAGUAGAUGCCUAUUUGAAAAAUUUAAAGGAGUCAGUUGGGCCCAAAUCCUUAGGAGCAAUAGGCUAUUGCUACGGUGCUGCUUUCGUUUUAAAGAAUUUGUAUGAAGGAGGUUUGUUGGAUUCUGGAGCGGUAGCUCAUCCAUCAUUAGUUACACCUCUGGAUUUUGGGCCAAUUAGGAAGCCACUCUUAAUGUCAUUGGGUGAAGAAGAUGACUAUUUUCCUCUUGAGACAAGGAUUAAAGUUGAGGAAGCAUUAGUGAAGUCAGGAGCUGAUUUUCAAAUAAUUUUGUUCAAAGGUGCAGGCCAUGGCUACGCAGUAAGGGGCGAUCCAAAUGAUGAAAAUGUCAGAUAUGCUAUAAACAAAACUGUCUCAGAUCAGGCCAAUUGGUUUGCUAGAUAUAUUUGA